AUGGCGCUCAUUGAAGAACCUAAGACACCAACCAAUGACACACACGAACCUGAAGAUGAGGAGGAGAUUGAAUGGGAGGUUGGAGGGGAAGAGGAGGAGGAGGCGAAAGUUACGCUGGGGGUUAUGGCAAAAAUAUGGACGGACCGGAACAUUAACUCUAACGCCCUAAUUGCAACGAUGAGGAAGAUUUGGAAUCCCAAACACGGGAUGGAAGCCAAUUGCCUUGAGAAAAACAUGUUCUUCUUUCAAUUCCAUCAUUGGAGGGACAAAGAGUUUGUUAUGGAGGCUCAACCGUGGCACUUUGACAAACAUAUCCUUGCUCUUAGCGACGUACAAGGCGAUCUCAAGCCGUCGGAGUAUCCGCUGCACCUUGUCCCUUUUUGGGUUAGGGUUUACGAUCUCCCAAUCCUUGGCCGUAACAAUGAAUCAAAUGCAAGGAAAAUUGGAAAUAAAGUGGGAUGCUUUAUGAAGGUGGACAAGUCCGAUAUUGUGGGCAUCAAUAAAUCCUUGAGGAUCAGAGUAUCGAUUGAUGUACGCAAACCCCUUAAAGAAGAGAUUGACCUAAAGCUUCGUGGUGGAGUGUUGGAGAAGGUACAGGUGAAAUACGAAAAAUUACAGGUUUUUUGCUAUUUCUGUGGGAAGCUAGGGCAUGGGGAGAAGGAUUGUGAAGCAAACUCAGACCCAAGGCAGCAAGAUUACAUGUACAUCGAAAAAUUGCGAGCGUCCCCAUGGAUAGUGAAUAAAGGACUAGGGAACAAAGAUCGGAGGGAGGAGAAAUCAUGUGCUCGCAAACUUUUUGUCACCAAACAGAAACCACCACACAAAGAGGUGGACAAAGAGGCCGAAAAGGGAGUGGAGCUGGUGGUAGAGAAGCUUGGAGGAGUUUCUUUGUCUCUGGAAAAAGGGGUGGCCAAUAUACACCAGGAGAAGAGUGUCAAGGAGGGGGAAAGGAAUAGUGCAGCCAUGGAUAACAGAACUGAGGCAACUGCUACCGACUCACAAUUGGUUGAGGGAAACCCCUUAAGCUUUCACAUUGGUAGCAGUGUGCCUGGAGGCAGGAAAUUUAGGAGGGUGAAGAGAUCAGAUGCGAAGGAGAAUGGGAUAAAGGACACAGGUCAGGUAGGGUACAUGGGAGACAAUGGGGGAAAGAGGAAGGAUUUAAUGGAGGUGGAUGGCUGUGACUUUCAGAAGUGCACAAAGAUGGGUGAGGAGGAGGGACAGGGACCAAAGGCAAAUACAGUAGCGGUGGUUGCGGUGCAACCCCGCGAACAACAAUGA